AUGGCGACACUUGAUAACGAGAGAUAUUUAAGGCAUAUAUGGCUUAUUGGCGAGGGAGGCUUGCUUCUGUUGAGACGCAUUGUAAUGAAAGAAGCAGGAAAUAACCGUCAAAACCUCGAGGCUCUAUUAUUGAAUCAUAAAGCAGAGUUUGAUAAUGUUUUAAGAGAGCAACAGCAACGUAUUUUCCCAUCUCAAACAACUGUUAAUGCGGAUGUCAACACUUGGGAUAUGUCGCUUCUAUUAUUGGUGUUGAAAAAAAUGUUUUGGCACAAUCUUUCGCCAACCGAUCGAUCUGGCAUUGCUACUAUAAAAUAUCAUCGAAAUCACAUCCAAGGUCACCCACUUGAGAUGUCUAUGAAUGCAUCUGAUUAUGAUACAAGUAGACAACUGCUAGAGCAAUCCUUUCGAAAUCUUGCAACUGGUGUUAAUGCAACGGCUGAAAUAGAUAACGUGAUUGGAAGAACAGCAUCGGGAAAUAUUGAUGUCCAAUUUGCUUUGCAAACUAUUAGAGAUAUGAAUGAAUUCAAAAAUAGCACUGUUUGUGCUCUACAAGAAAGCUUUGAGCGGGUCCGUUCGGAAAUGUCUCAGAUGAAUGAUUCCAUCGAAGACAUUAAAGGUCAUGUUGAAAAUAUCGGAACGGUUCAAACAAUUCAGCAUGAUGAAUUGAUGCGAUCGCUAAAUGAAGAAGGGCAGCAAUUAAAACAACUCUUGACAGAAAUGAAAGGUGAGGCAAAACUUAAUUUUGUUUGUGUUUGA